AUCACUCUAGUAGUCCAGAUCUAUUCAGGUUUGUCGAACUUGUAUAUGUCGUCUGUGCAGAGGCACGCAGUGUUAGUACUUUUAGAAUAUAUUCUUUGCUUACUGCUAUCUUAUUCCCAACAAGGAGACGCAAAAGAACAGUCUUGCGAGUCAGGAAGGGACAGCAUGGCUACAGCAGGUCAAACAGCCUGGUAUCAAAAGGAAGUAACUUUGUCGUCAAAGAAAAGAGGCUGUCACCUUGUGACUGAAGAAAUUGUUAAAAAGGUGCCAGACAUCGAACAGAUCAGUGUGGGUCUUGCUCAUAUACAUAUUAAGCAUACCUCAGCCAGCUUAGCUCUUAAUGAGAACUGGGAUCCAGAUGUCCGAGUUGACACGGAAAUGAUGCUGAACAAGAUCGUUCCAGAGGGACAAAACUACCGUCACAGUUGCGAAGGUCCAGAUGAUAUGCCGGCUCACAUCAAAGCGGCUCUGAUCGGUAGCAGUGUCACUAUACCUAUAACGGACGGGAAGUUCAACCUGGGCACGUGGCAAGGCGUGUGGCUGUGUGAACACCGAAAUCAUGGAGGUUCUCGGACUGUCGUCGUCACGAUUCAAGGUCUCAGAAAGUGACCUGAUGACUUCUCGACGUCGAGUUUUUGUUUGAAAUCAGCGAAGUCUUUUCUCCAGGAAGGCGUUCCACGCCACUGCACGCCUCUGGAUUUGUUAUGACAGCAGUCUUGUGUUCUCCUGUUUUGUGAUGAUUAAUGAAAGUGAAAGCGAGGAAGAAAAGCCCAUGAACUAAUGCGGAGUUUGGUGAACAGUUAACAGCAGUCUUCUGCUUUGUGAUGGUUAACGAACAUGUGGGACAAAAACCCCAUGUAGUUAAUGCGGGAUUCGACAAAACCUGACACUCCACCUCCCAUCCCUUAUCCCAUGGGACUGAUUUUCUCUUGCAUUUUUUUUUUCGAAAUUGUCUUACGUGAGCUUGUGAUUAUAUCGUGAAUGAAUCGUAUCAAAGACUUA